AUGGGGAAUUCAGCGGCAUGGAGAGCAGAGCAGCAAGAAUGGGAAAAGCACGGAAAAGCCUCAGAAUCGUCCAAGGACAAUAUCCACUUUCCUCCCAAUAAUCUCAAUGUCAAUGCCAGUCCUCGGACCCCCACACCUGUUCACCACCAACUAGAAACUCUCAUCGAUGAAGCCAAGAACAGCGGAUGGUACAUUGAGCCCCAUGAGAUUGAAUUUCAAGAGCUAGUAGCCGAAGGAAGCACCGCACGUGUCUACAAAGGAACAUGGCGAGGCCUGGACGUUGCAGUCAAAUGCAUAUUCCCCGAAUACUUCCACAACAAUGAAGGAGCUGUCCUCUUCUUCACCCAGGAGCUCGACACCUUAUCGCGGCAGCGCCACAGAUCCGUGCUCCAACUCAUGGGCGCCUGCCUUCGUCCACCAGACCAUGGGUGGCUGGUGACGGAGUUCUUGAGCACGACACUGAAGGAGUGGCUGCACGGGAGGGGGGAGAGAGGAGAAGAGAGGACAGCCCCUCUUCCACCGUUUUGGGAGAGGUUGGCGAAGGCCCUGGAGAUUGCGGAAGCGAUGCAGUACCUGCAUGACCAAAGGCCUAUGGUGAUUCAUCGCGAUUUAAAGCCAAGUAAUAUAUUUUUGGACGAUGCCAAGCACGUAAGGGUUGCAGACUUCGGCAAUGCUCGGUUCCUGUGCGACGGAGAAAAGGCCCUCAGUGGUGAAACAGGCAAGAAAUAUUAUUAUUAUCACACAUAUAGGGGGACUUUCGUAUACAUGGCACCCGAAGUGACUCGGUCUCAGCCUUAUAACGAAAAGUGUGAUGUGUUCAGUUUCGGGAUCAUCCUCAAUGAGCUCAUCACCGGGGAAUAUCCGUACGUUGAGACCGAGUACGGACCUUUCCAGAUUGCAUCCGGGGUGUGUGGACAGGAGAAGCUAAGGCCUGCACUUCCAAAGAAAGAUGGGCAAAUAAUGAAAGAGCUCAUCCAUCUUAUUCUCCUUUCAUGGAAUGAAAAUCCUUCGAUUAGACCAUCUUUUGCAAAAAUCGCCUCCACUUUGAAGAGGAUUCAGAGCCAACCCUUUGAAUCCAUUCCCAUAUGAUUACUACGGAAAACCCGAUAAUGGAUUGAUAAU